AUUUCUGAAGUGCCACAAGAAAGCUGUUAGCAAGUUUAAAGUCAAGAAAUAGUUGAAGACAUCAGCGAGAACGACAGAUGGCGCUUGAUUGCAUUUAUGUGUGCUAAGUAACUUUUGAACUUAUAUAUAAAAAUAGAAAGAAAAAAAAUAAAAUAAAAUAAACGUGAUGUUAAGUGUAGCGAGGAGGGAAAAUUCAAAUGCAAUGCAAAAAUAAAUCCAACCCAAUGUACGUCUAAAAUUAAUUUCUAAGUGGGCGUUGAGACAACAUCAACUAGAAACUGCAACCAAAGAAAUUAAACAGCUGCAAACUUACGCCAUACAACCAUAGAGUCAUAGAGCCAUAGAGCCAUAGAGCCAUAUAGUACCAGCAGGAGUGGCAUAUCAAAAUCAGUGCGUUCCCACUGAUUAUGUUAAAACAAAUUUAAAUGCAAAGUGCACUACCAACAGCAUUGACAUAGCAGCAGGAGCAGCAAAAGCUUAAGUAGAAAAAAAUAUAUAUAGAACUAAGCACAAACUCUAACCGAAGAGUUUGCUGCAAUUGCUGACAGCUUGCUGCAUGCAUUUUUCAUGAGCUGCGUGUCACCCUGAAUGCAUUCACCUUGCAAUGUGCACAAAACGAGGCAGUUAUGAAGCAGAUACGAUGACGUGCGUUAUCAGUAGAAACAGAGUUCAAAUCCUCUAAGUGACACCCAAAAGUGUAACAACGUCUCAUAAAGCAAAAAAAUAUUUCCAUAUGCAAUAUUAAAGCAUUAAGCAUAUUAAGUACAUAGCGAAGAAUAUAUCGUUACAAAAAUGACAGAAUUACGUCGCGCCUUUGAAGCUCGCAUACAUCAAUCACAAAAUUAUCGCGACAGUUAUUUCACCGGGUAUAACGCAACUCAAGAUGGUAAAACAUAUCCCGCUGCUAACGAGCCUGCAGCACAAACGCUAACAAACGGCACAGCACGCAAUCCACUGCUACAAUCACUGUCAGAUCACACAAAUAUGGGCAGCACCAGUGGUGGCAGCACUGCCAGUAGCACCGCAACAACAGCUACAGCCACCACAAUUGGACGAAAUUGCAAUGGCAAUACGUCGGCUGCUGAAGUUCAGUUCGAUGAACGCGAAAUUUAUUAUGUAUCGCCAACGAAAAGAAAAGGCAGCCUAUCUGCAACCAGCUCACAAAACAAUGUAACUUUUUCCAAUUGCGUCAAUGAGCAGCGAAUAGCACAAAAUCGUGGCUCACUUAGGCGCAGCAAAGGACGCAGCAAUCAAUCAUUGUGCAGUUGUGAUGCUGGUGCAGAUACCGAAAUUAAUCCGGAUCCCACGCGACCAUUGUAUCAGUAUAGCUUGGAGCGCCGACACAAAGGUCACACAUACACAUGCGAACAGAAUGCACAAAUUCUAAUGAGACUAGAGCGUGAACGCAAACGUAAAUUAUCGCUAAGUGGCAGUAUUGGCGCAGGAGUCGGGGGUGGUAGCAGCGAUAGCACAAAUGAUGCCAAAGAAGACUUACAGAGUGAUACUUUAUCAUCAUCGGAUGUGGACAACAUACCACCCGUACCACCUCCACCGACAUUAAAACGCAAUGGCAGUAUGCGUAGUUUGCGUUUGUUUCAAUUGCAACAACAGCAACAACAACAGUGUCCUACAGGUACUUGCGUGGCUAGUAACACCAACAGCAACUUAAAUAAUAUCAACAACAAUAACAACAAACAACCAAUAGCAACACUAUGCAAUGGCAACAUGUUAAGUGACUGUGCCAAUAGUGCCAUUGAUGUUGGCUCCAUGAUCGAUGAUUGCACCACAUCCAUAUUGAAGUGUGCAAAUGCAGUUGGAACAGAGAUUAUUGGCACAAACACAAGCCUAAACACAAAUAAAUCACACAUUGCAACGUUGGCAACAAUUGCUUCGAAUUCGAAACCCGAUGUGUGUCAUGUUGACAGCAAUUUAGGCACAUCCUUUAACAACUAUCUCCCGCCCUACGUACGAGAUGAUAUUUUUAUGCCAAACUCAAAAAAAACGGAUCCUUCAUUAUGUUUUCUACGUGCAGGACCAAAAGGUAUUGCUCCAAUAUCUGAUCAAUUCAAAUCGCAACGAGACUUAAAAAACAGUCGCAGCACACUAAGUCUCAGUAAAUAUAACACAAUUGGUGCAAGUAGCGAUUGUGCACGUCAACUAGCACAAUACAAUCAGCAAAUGCAGGAACAGCAUCAGCAUAUGCAGCAGCAACCGCAACGCAUCUCGGAACGUUGUCGUUGCUUUUCACAAUCGUUAUCAAAUUUUUCACGUGACUAUUUCGGGCAACAACAACAACAGCAACAACGCACAAGUAGCAUAAAUUUUGCUUCAUCGAAUGCAAAUGAUAAACACAAUAACAAACAUAACAUUUUUUAUACAGGCGAUGAGAACGAUUGGCUUAAUGGCCGCCCACCGCCGCCACCACCAGUGAUUAGUCGCAGCUUUAACAAUUUGGUGGACAUCGAUGGGCAUCACGUGUCGUCAACAACACGUUUGCCCUAUCAAAAAUUUAAUACACCCACAGACGCGUACAACAGCAGUUGCAGUUUUGGUGCUGCAUUACAUCUACUUAAUAAUGCAUCCUUUACGACACUCGAUAGCUCAAACAGUGGCCUUAAAGAGAAACUUCAUCAGCAACAACACUCACAUCAGCAUCAGCAUCAUCAUCAUCAUGAACAUCAUCUGCAUAAUCACCAAACUACGGUACACCACAAGCAUCACAAUCAUCAGCAACAACAACAACAGCAGCAACAACAGCAGCACACAACAUCUCAACAACAAAAACAUAAUCAACUGCACGCUAGCGUAACGAGCAUUAUGCCAUGGAAGCAUCGACAGUGUCCUAGUCGUGGCUCCUCCAGUUCUGGCACUAAUUCAUUCCGAUUCGAUGCUGCAAAACAUUGGCUUGCAGUUAGUUCAAUAUUGUUAAUAAUUGGCGCUGCAAGUGUUGCUGUUCCCUUGGCUUUACGUGUGGCUGCAAGUGCACCCUUCGAGGAGCGCUUGAGUGUGGCGGAGCAACUUUUAGAUCAAGUGCCUUUAAUUGAUGGGCAUAAUGAUUUACCUUGGAAUAUACGAAAGUUCCUGCAUAAUAAACUAAAUGAAUUUAACUUUGACCAAGAUCUUAGAAACGUUAUGCCAUGGGCCAGAAGCCUUUGGAGCCACACUGACUUACAACGACUGAAGAAAGGAAGAAUAUCAGCACAGUUUUGGGCUGCUUAUGUGCCAUGUGAAGCACAACACAGAGAUGCAGUACAACUUACGUUGGAGCAAAUAGAUGUAAUUAAACGUUUAACAGAUCGUUAUUCUCCACAAUUGACAACAUGCACAUCCUCAGAAGAUAUAAUCGAAGCUCACAAAAAUCAUCAAUUGUGUUCACUAACUGGCGUUGAGGGUGGUCACUCCCUGGGAGGUUCUUUGGCAGUGCUACGUACACUCUAUGCAAUUGGAGUACGCUAUAUGACACUGACGUCAACUUGUCAUACUCCAUGGGCUGAUUCAAGCUAUGCAGACGCACCAACAUACAAUGUUAAACAUGGCGGCCUAACGAUAUUUGGCAAGGUAAGUGCAUUUUAUGUUAUGUAUGAACGUAUAAAUCAUCAAGCUCAAUGGUGA